AUGGAGCCACCAACGCCCAGAACCAUGCCAUCAUGGUUGCUGCUUCUCUGCCUAGUCGCCUCUGGCCUGUUGCAAGCUCUUGCGCAGUCUAACCCACCAGGUUUCAUAAGCAUAGACUGUGGUCUCCCCGGAGAGACAGGCUACGUGGAUAGCGCCACCACGCUACCCUACACCACGGACGCUGGCUUCAUCGGCGCCUACGUCGGCUCGAACCACAACAUCGCCGCCAUAUACAUGACCUCGCCACUACCCAACAACUGGUGGUACACCCUGCGCAGCUUCCCCGUCGGGAAACGCAACUGUUACACUCUUGGCUCGCUCGUGCCCGGGCUCAAGUACCUCAUCCGCGCCAGGUUCUUCUACGGCAACUACGACGGCUUCAACUACCAACCUUUCUUCGAUCUCUAUGUCGGUGUUGACUUCUGGAUGACGGUGAACAUCCGAGCCUCCAACACGGCGGUGCUAGCGGAGGCCAUCGUGAUGGUGCCGCGCGAUUCGGUGCAGGUUUGCCUGGUGAACACGGGCGGUGGGGUGCCGUUCAUCUCUGCGCCGUUUGGUAAAAAUAUGUACCGUUUGGUAAAAAUACUUCAUACCUACUACCACAAAACGCAACUGAUCAAUUGUUUCAACAGGUACCCUGAUGAUCCAUUCGAUCGGAUGUGGUUCCCUUUUUCUGGCAACGAAACAACUCACUGGGAUGAGAUAUCAACGGACAUGGAGGUCCACAUCACUGACGACCAAUUCCAGCCGCCCCAGGCCGUGAUGCAGACGGCCAACACGCCGAAGAACGUCUUAGACAACAUAGAGUUCACCUUAAACCUCCAUAGUUCCCCUACUGACCCGUCCCUGGGUUACAUGGAACUGAUAUACUUCUCUGAACUGGAACCUCUCCCUAGUGGCGCACUACGGCCAUACAACAUCUACCGGAAUGGUGGAGAGAUCAAAACAAACUACACUCCAAAGUACCUUGACGCUGGUUGCAUCCACUCGACUGAGCCAUUUAAAUUUCAAGCUAGCCAGUACAUAUUAUCCAUCAACCCCACUGCUAAUGCGACGCUGCCGCCCAUCAUAAACGCAUUAGAGCUAUUCUCCGUCAUGUCAACCAGCACCCUUGGCACCGACUCACAACACGUGUCUGCCAUCACGGCGAUCAAGGAGAUGUACCAGGUGCAGAAGAAUUGGAUGGGUGACCCGUGUGUUCCCAAUACUAUGGUCUGGGAUGGCUUGACAUGUAUCUAUGGCACUUCUGGACCCCCAAUUAUCUCAAACGUAAACGUCUCCUUCAGUGGUCUGGAUCAUACUAUAUCACCUGAUUUUGCAAAUCUCACGGAUGUCCGAUACUUGGAUUUGUCAAACAACAACUUGAUUGGCUCAAUUCCGGACACCCUUUCACAAUUACCAUCAUUAAUAUUUUUAGAUCUCUCAAACAACAAGCUCAGUGGAUCAAUUCCCUAUGGACUUCUCAAAAAAGUUCAAGAUGGCUCCUUGUAUCUAAGAUAUGGCAACAAUCCUGACCUCUGUUCUAAUGGAAGUACAUGCCAGCCUGCUAAAGGAGAUAGCAAAUUAGCUAUCCACAUAGCUGUUCCUGUAGUUGUAAUUGUAGCAUUAGUGCUAGUGGCAAUACUAUGCUUUUUGUUGCAGAGAAAAAGGAAUCAAAGAUCAAUCAGAAACCAUGUAAAGCUGACAAAUGAUAGCGAUUGGAAUAUUUCACUUGCAAGUGAGAACCGUCAGUUCACGUACAUGGAACUAGAGGUGAUAACGAAAAAUUUCCAACGAUCGCUUGGGCAAGGAGGGUUCGGGUUUGUCUUCCACGGCUCCCUCGAAAAGGGUACUGAGGUGGCAGUAAAGUUGAGGUCUCAUUCUUCAAAUCAAGGCAUCAAGGAGUUCCUUGCAGAGGCUCAAGUUUUAACACUUAUUCAUCACAAGAAUCUUGUGUCCAUGAUUGGUUACUGCAACGACGGGGGGCACAUGGCAGUUGUCUAUGAGUACAUGCCUCAAGGAUCCCUAAAAGAGCUUAUUGCAGGUAAAGAUGACAACAAACAAUGCUUGCCCUGGGGACAAAGACUUCGAGUUGCACUUGAAUCGGCGCAAGGACUGGAGUACCUACACAAGGGGUGUAGCCCACCUAUAAUUCACAGGGAUGUGAAAACCGCUAACAUCUUGUUAAACGCAAGGCUGGAGGCCAAGAUUGCCGAUUUUGGCUUGUCCAAGGUUUUCAACUGUGAGGAUGACACCCAUGUAUCCACCAACACAUUUGUAGGCACAUACGGAUAUGCAGAUCCAGAGUAUCAGAGGACAGUGCAGCCGUCAACGAAGAGUGACGUGUACAGCUUUGGUGUUGUGCUGCUAGAGCUAGUCACUGGGAAGCCAGCCAUCAUACGCAACCCCGAGGCCAUAAUCUCCCUCGUCAAUUGGACACGACAACGGCUCGCAUGGGGCGACAUUGAGGGCGUUGUGGAUCCGCGUAUGCAAGGUGAUCAUGACAUCAAUGCUAUUUGGAAGACUACAGAGAUUGCAUUCAAGUGCACUGAGCAAUCGCCCCUGCAACGGCCAUCCAUGACCGAUGUCGUGAUGCAGCUACAAGAGUGCCUCGACCUCGAGCAAGGCUUCAAACAGGGCAACAAUGGAUUCUACACUGGCAGUGGCAACGGUGAAGUGGACCCAAACAUGGAUUACAACACUACAACGAAUCAGUCCAUUGAUGUGAGCCAGAAUAACGCUACUUUGAGAUAA